UGUGUGUGUGUGUGUGUGUGUGUGAGUGUGUGUGUGAGUGAGAGACACAGACAGACAGACAGAGACAGACAGAAGCUUGACUCAGUGAGAGGAGGACACUACAUGUUUCAUGUUGAAGCUAUGGAUCAGAGCUUGAUACUCCCGGUGGUGGCGGCUGUUUCUGUGGUGGUAGUGACCGUGCUGUACUUCCUCCUGGGAGGAGAGAAGAAGAAGCUGCCUGUCACUCUGCAGGACCCUGUGGUCAAAUAUCCCCUUCCCCUGGUAGACAAACAGGAAAUCAGCCAUGACACAAAGAAAUUUCGGUUUGGUCUUCCAUCUGCAACUCAUAUCCUUGGACUGCCAGUAGGUCAGCACGUGUACCUGUCAGCCAAGGUCAACGGCAGUCUGGUGGUCAGAGCCUACACUCCAGUAUCCAGUGAUGAGGACCAGGGAUAUGUGGAUCUUGUGGUCAAGGUGUACUACAAGAGCUGCCACCCCUCCUUCCCAGAGGGAGGGAAGCUGUCUCAGUACCUGGACAACAUGGCUAUCGGAGACGUCAUGGACUUCAGAGGACCCAAUGGACUGCUUGUGUACAAGGGACACGGUCACUUCUCCAUCCGACCAGACAAGAAGUCAGAGCCCAAAGUUCGGAAGUUCAAGCAUGUUGGAAUGGUCGCUGGUGGAACAGGCAUCACUCCUAUGCUGCAGUUAAUCCGCAGUAUCACAGCAGACCCCACUGACAACACCAAGUGCUCCCUUAUAUUUGCCAACCAGACGGAGAAAGAUAUCCUACUGAGGGAGGAGCUAGAGGAGGUGAAGAGGAACCACCCUGAUAAAGUUGAGCUCUGGUUCACUCUGGACAAACCUCCACAGGAGUGGAGCUACAGUUCAGGGUUUGUGACCGAUGACAUCAUCAAGUACCACCUCCCUGCUCCGUCCACUGAUGUCCUCGUUGUCCUGUGUGGUCCUCCACCAAUGAUCCAGAAGGCAUGUCUCCCAAAUCUGGACAAGCUGGGACACAGAACAGAAAACAUUUUUGCUUACUAAUGUUCUGAUUGACUACACAGUCUGUUUAUUCCCGGAGAUCAUGCUAGACCAAAAAUCACUGGAUGAACACUGUUAAUGGUACAGUGUUCAUCUAAGCAUGUGUGAUACUGAUGCAGUGAACGAGAACGAGUUCAACUUGUGCCAUAACAUGUGUACAAAUACUGCCAUCAAAAUCACCCAGUAACAUCACUACGACAAUGUCUAUGGACUCAGGUACACGUCAUUACCUUUUGUACAAUCAGUACAGUCACUUUUAGAAACAUAUCUGUAGGCCAAAAUGGGAAUUCAUGAGAAAUAAAGAUGUAAAACAGCAGUG